AUGGAUGCUAAAGCAUACCUAAUCCGCCACGGCUGGGAUGGCCCCGGAAACCCACUGAACAAAAACUCGCGACCCGGACCACACGGCGGACUCGGUCUUACACGUCCUAUUCUGGUAGCCCGGAAGCAGAACAACCACGGCGUGGGCAAAAAAGUGACCAAGGACUCUGCGACGAAUCAAUGGUGGCUACGCGGAUUCGAAGAUGCGCUGAAGAGUGUGGGCGAGGAAGCGCCUGCUGCGACACCGACUGCAAAUGCGCUUACGAGUGAAUUGUACCGAUUUUUCGUGCGUGGAGAGGGUCUAGCCGGUACAUAUGAUCUGAAGAAAGAUUUGAAGGAGAAGGAACAGGAGAAGAGCAAGAGCAAGACAUUGAAGUCUAAGAGGAAGCGUGAUGACGAUGAGGAUGAUGAGCGCAAGGCGAAGAAGGCGGAGAAAGCUGCGCGGAAAGAGGAGAAGAGCAAGAGAAGGAAGGUUAAGGAGAGUGUGGAUAGCAGAGACACUUCGGUAUCUGCUUCUUCUAGCUCUUCGGAUGAGGAGAAGGAGAGUAAGGAGGAGCGCCGAUCAAGGCGGAAAGAGAAAAAAGAGAAGAAGGAGAAGAAGGAGAAGAAGGAGAAGGAGAAGAAGGAGAAGGAGAAGAAGGAGAAGAAGGCUAAGGAGGUGAAUGGUGACGUGAAGAAAUCGAAGAAGACAAAGCGCUCGGUUGAUGAGGAGGAUUAUCCUACACCUGUCUCGAUGGAAGAAGAGACAGAAGUGGAUAGCACAGAAGACUCCAAGAGCAAAAAAGAGAAGAAGGAGAAGAAGUCGAGCAAAAAGACUAAAGACAGCGAUGAUGCUGAGAAGGGAGACUCAACAUCAAAAAAGGAGAAGAAAGAUAAGAAGGACAAGAAGGAGAAGAAGGAAAAGAAGAGCAAAAGCACUUGA